ACCGCACAAACUAGCACCUAAAUCUACUUUGUGUGUUUUCUAUGGAUACCCCCGGCACCUACUGUGGGUAUUCGUUGUCUGGACCCAUCCAUGGGAAAAACCAUUUUAUCUCGUCAUGUAACCUAUCAAAGACGUAACCAAUCCACUACAACAGCCCCAACCAACACCGCUGCUACUACUAUCACCACCCCUACCGAAACAGCCACUUCCCAGCCUAUAAAAACCGAAACAGUCCCCACCCCUAUUGCAACUGCCCCUAUAAACACCAAAACAGCCCCUGCCCAGCCUACUCAGCAACCUAAUCACAAAGCCACCAACCCAUUCCAUCCCGCUACAGCCUACCAAACCGCCACCCCUUCCCUGCGACAUCCAAUGACCAUCCGCUCACAAGCCAGCAUUAAAUCCAAACAACCUCUCUCAUUCCUCGUUAACACUGCCCCGACUAUCUCCCCCAUGCCCAAAUCUCCCCAUAUUGCACUUAACGACCCUAACUGGCACUCGGCUAUGACCGAUGAGUAUCGAGCUUUAAUAGAAAAUGAAACAUGGGAAUUAGUGCCUCGACCGAAGGAUGCCCAUGUUAUACGUUGCAUGUAAAUAUCAUGCUAACGGCUCGCUACAAAGCACGUCUUGUUGUUAAUGGGAAAUGCCAACAGGUAGACAUGUUUGUUAAUUGCUAACAAUUUUUAUCUGUCUCUCGUGUAAGCCUAUAUAGGCAUGUUUGUUUAUUGGGUUGUUCAUGAAUGAAAAAUUAUGAAUUGAAUCUGAAUUCCUCUCAAGCUUCGUUCUCUUUUCUUUUGGCCAAUGAUUAACCGUUGAACUACAUUACCAAUACCACUCAGUCGGGCGAACACAUGUUUGUGUGGAAAAUAUGGAUCUUAACUGUGCUUGGCCUGCAUAGCAGUGAAUUCCACAAGUGUACUCAUUGUAGUGAUAUCUACAGUCAUCCUCGAUAGGCGCCAUUAAGUUUUACUGAUUACACUACGUUAUUGAGCACGACAAGCGAGUUGGAAAGGAUGGCUUAACUCCCAAAUUGUGAGGGCAGUCCACAGAAAUCUGAUUUGUUUAAUCGUGAUGUCUUAGCUCCAUUAAAUUAGGCUUGACCAAUGGAAUAAUAUAUGGCUUACAAGCCCAUACUGCAUUCUAGAAGUUAAUGGAAACUCACCCUGCUCGGGGUUAUGUCCAAGGUCGACCCUUGACCGCCAUGAGACCGUGCCGACCGUGCCGCUAGUAAGGGUUGGCCAAUUUACCACUAGACCAAGAGUUCACAGGACGUUUUUAUAUAUUUUUUUAUUCCUUAAUCUUCAAUAUAACAUCAACUCAAGACUGAAAUAUUGAAGAUACCAAUCUCAUGCAAAAGAUUUGUUUGAGACAAUGAGUAUUCUGGUGAAGAGAUUCACCUCAGUUGAAUCAGAUUCCAAACUUAUCACAAAUAUCAAAGAUUUGAUCUUACAAAGACGACAUGUUGAAGCUUUUCAACUCUACCGAAAUCAACCCCAUUUAACCUCCAUUCUUCCUUCACUCAUAAAAGCAUGUUCGCUCUGUAAAACCCACUAUGCCUUCGGUCUUCAGCUUCAUUCUCACUCUCUCAAAUUGGGCUUUCAUUCAGAACUCAUACUUUCAAACUCAAUCAUAUCCUUCUACUGUAAACUUCACGAUUUUAAGUCUGCCCACAAGGUGUUCGAUGAAAUGUCUCAAAGAGACUGUGUAUCAUGGAGUGCCAUGAUAAAUCAUUCAGCUCGAAACGGGUAUUACGUGGAAUCGUUGGAGAUGUUUAAAGAGAUGUAUGAAUGUAGGUUUGUAGCCAAACCGGAGUUGAUUGCUAGUGUUCUUUCUGUAGCUGCUCGGUGUGGGGGUACAAGGGUGGGGAAAAUGAUUCAUGCGCUUUCGGUUGUUGAUGAGAGGUUUGUGAAGUCGGUGUUUCUAUCGACUGCACUUGUGGACUUGUAUUGGAGGUCUGGAGAUUCGUUGUAUGCGAUCCGUGUUUUUGAUGGAAUGGUGAAUAAAAAUGAGUUUUCUUGGACUUCCAUGAUUGCGGGAUAUGUUGGAAUCUGUGAUUAUUCGAAGGCUUUUGAUUGUCUUCGACAAAUGCAGUUGGCAGGCAUUAAGCCUAAUAGAGUGACACUAAUUUCUGUUUUACCAGCAUGUGUCGAGUCAAGAGCCAUUAAUCUUGGAUACAGCAUUCAUGGGUAUGCUUUUCGUCAUGGGUGUGAUUCGGAUAUACGGCUGUUAUCAUCUCUAGUUCACCUGUAUUCGCAGCACGCUGAUUCAUUACCUCUUGCAAAACUAAUAUUUGAAACUAUAACACAAAAGGACGUCGUGCUUUGGAGUUCCGUUAUUGCAGGCUGCUCUCGGGAUAAACAAAAUGCUGAAAAGUCGAUAUCACUCUUUAACCGAAUGCAAAAAGAGGGAAUUCAGCCCAACGACGUAACCCUAUUGGCGGUUCUCACCGCUUGUACUAGUAUACCAUCAAUAAACCUUGGAAGUGGAAUUCAUAGCUAUGUGCUAAAAGCAGGUUUUGAUUCUGACUUGCCUGUUACAAACUCUCUUAUCAGUAUGUACUCAAAAUGUGGCUCUUUGAAAGACUCACAUCGCGUGUUUCAAGAAACGGGUACACCGGAUCGUGUUUCUUGGAGUGCGCUUAUUAGCGCGUACGGUGUCCAUGGUUAUGGCGAACAAGCUUUACAACUAUUUACUGAAAUGAAAGCAAAAGGAAUAGAAUAUGAUUCGAUCACUAUGCUUGCCGUUUUAUCAGCAUGUAACCAUGCGGGGCUUGUUGAAGAAGGACAUAAACUUUUUUCUGAAGUUGUGAAGGAUGAAAAUUUAUUAGUAAAUAUGGAACACUAUGCUUGCUAUAUUGAUCUUCUUGGAAGGGCGGGAAAGAUUGAAUUAGCUAGUGAAGUAUUGAGGACAAUGCCUAUGAAGCCUAGUCCCAAAAUUAUGAGCUCUUUGGUGUCGGCUUGUAAAACUCAUGGAAGAUUAGAUGUUGCUGAAACUUUGUUAAGUCGGUUUAUAGAAUCGGAACCUGGUAAUGCUGCUAACCAUACGUUGUUGAGUAUGAUUUAUGCUGAAUCUGGUAAAUGGUUUGAUGUGGACGGGAUUCAGAGGAAUAUGAAAUCAAGGGGAUUGAAAAAAAUUUAUGGGUUCAGUAGAGUUGAAAAUUAAAUAAGAUUUGUCAUGUAAGUAUGUAACUAAUGUAUUUGCAAAAGUCAUUUGGUUUCAAAUACGUGCAUGGUGCAAAAACUACCUCCUACCGACUGCAAUUCGCUUUAGAGAGAUGCUCGACGUCCCCAAACAAAUGUCAGUAUAAGCAAUACAUAAGAAGGCGUUACAUGCAAUCUUUUUGACCACGUAAUGAAGGUUAAUAACAACCAAGCAAUCUUUUUUUCACGCUACCAUCAUCACCUGCUGUUGCAGAUAUCCGUGCCUCCUAACCAAGUGGCUGUUGAAGAGAGAUGUGCAGUGUUCUUUAGGAACUAAUGUAGUCAAAGGAAAAAUGGAUGGUUAAUUCGAAUGCUAUAAAAAAAAGUCAGCAGUGGAGAUGGAGUCAAUUUGAUGGUCAAUGAUCUAAUUGGAAUAAUGAUGUAUGCUACUGUUGGAAUACGAGUCUAAUGCAUGAAGUUAAAGUCUAGGUCAUCAAUUUGGAUGUUAUUGUAUGUUGCCAUGCCAUCGAUCCAGAUAGUAGAAUUUGCUUCCAUGUCACUGAUCCAUAGUGUGUUUAUUGGGAGUUUCAACUCUUCAAAUGAAAGAAAGUGAGACGGUUGCAGAUUCUCUGUCGAUAGUCAUGAAGAACGCUAAUAAAAAAGAGCUUAUGGUGAGGACGUUUCCGAUCAAUUGGUGGUGGAAAAAGUUCUUCGAAGUCUUCCUCCUCGUUGGGAUCAUGUCGUUACUGAAAUCGAAGAAUCAAAAGGUCUAUCAAGGGUGUCUUUGAUCAACUAAUGUGUCAUGACCCACAAGAGAACCGAUAAAGUUGCUUGUAGAGUCCCUAUGUCAGGUAACAACACAUUUCCGAUGAGCAUAAUUACAUAACAAGGUCUAGUAAUAUUGUUUUAGCUGCAGUAAAUGAGGAAUCACUAUUAUGGCAUCUUCGUUUCGGACGUCUUCAUGAGCAUAGUUUGAAGAAACUAAGUGACAAAGGGUUGGUCGCUGGUUUACCGAAGAUAGCGUCUUGGUCGGUGUGUGAAGGUUGCGUGAUGGGGAAACAAACUUGUUGGCCAUUCACUCGACAUGCAUGGUGAACAUCUAAAGUCUUGGAGUUGGUACACUGAUACGAUUUACGAACCCAAACAAUCUAGUUCCUGCUCCACAUCAGUUUCGGACCCCACCUUUUGACCCGGGACCAAGUCAGUUUUAAUUUAGGAAGUGCGGGGUAACCGACGAAGUCAGAAAGUGGGGACAAAUGUUCCCAACAUAUCUUAGUUUUAAGUAUUGAUGUUUUAUGUUAUUUUUCUCCGUCUUGUUUUUAUCGAAGUUGUUAAAGUUAUUGGAGAUUUACCCAUCUCGAACAAGGUUUUCCUUUGUAAUCUUUUUAGUGAAGUUAAUUUCAGUUUCAGUUUC